AUGAAUCAACCAAUCAAGUGUAUGAAACCCACACCACAAAGCAAGAAGGAAACGGCCGAAUCACAGCAGAACAACCACACACAGAACUAUCCAAUUGAAUGCACCCAACGAACCAACCAGACACAGGAGAUUGAGACCACGUCAGAUUCACAGGAGACCAAUCAAACUACACGAAGACCAUUUCCAGAACUGCCAGAUACUAUUGAGAAGCUAUAUGAUCACGGGCAGAAGAGGAGGAAUUCAGCCUGCACUGACGAUGUCACCUCGAUUGGUGAUGAAACGUUUGCAAUCCAACUGCCAAGCUCGGCGACCAACAACCAACUAACAUUUAACUGCCGCAGCAUACAAGGUCGAAGACGCAGCAGCAUCAUCAUCGACAGCAUGACAUCAGUGUUCAACACCGAUGCUUCACUGCCGUACAACCAUGAUUUAUUUGAAAGCCUUAUUGUAAAGAAAAGAUUAGUUGCAAAGUUCCCGGUGCAUACCGAUUUGGCUUUCACGAGAGACUCAAUUGAAUCUCUCGUUUAUGAUGUUCUACGACUGUGUGUGGUGCACACAGGCCGCCUGAAGUUUCAGUUGCCACGAUAUUCGACAUAUCGCAGUAUAUUUUCAUGA